ACUCCGGAAUUAGCAAGUAAGGUUGCCCCAUCGUGGGCACCUUUGGCACGUCACUCAACAACGUCUGAUCCCACUCCAGCACCUAUGUUCACUCCGUCCCCGUUGCGACAUGUCAGUCCGGCAAGUAAAGAGGAACUCGAAAAAGCUGGUUUCGAUUCACUGGAAGGCUCAUCGAUAAGGUAUCCUGCUAAUGAAUAUCUUCGUCAAUUUGAGGUUUUUAUUGCGGACACGUUCCAAACAUUUAAGAAGACUCCAACUCACAAAGUUGGUCGAGUAAUUGUCACCACACCUCAGACAAUAGAGAAAAUCGUAGAAUCUGACUCACCAGUGGUUAGCGAUAUUCGAUGUGUGGUGCUGUGUCUCGAUGCUUCCGAGAAUCUCCGUAUUACAAAGUACAAAAAUGUUGUCGGAUCGCUGACGCUGAAAAAUAUUCUUUUUCGUGUUAUAUUAGUAACCCCGUCGGUGCCGUCGACUUCGCGUAAACUAGGUCCAUUAAGGAAACGACAGCAAACCAUCACUUCACUACUCAUCUCCCAAUGGAUCGAACCUCCCGCUUGUGAUCUAGUCUUUAGAAACAACGCUGUUCCGUUAGGGUUGUCUGUGGAAUAUAUUGAAAAUGUGGAGGUGCUGUCAGAGACAAGAUCCUUUAUAGAGAAGUGGCUUGAGAGAACGGUUAUAUUUUUGGAAAGCUUGAACGACUUAUUUCCAUUACCGUCAACAAAACCACAGGAUCUUUUUUUGAUCGAUUGGACACAGAUAUCAGCUAGAGCCAAUUCCUGUGCUGAUGAUACUUUACAACUUGUGGUGAAUUGUAUGUUUCUUGUGGAAUCGGCACGAAAUCUUAUUGUUCAUGGUCCAAGAGUUUUUUAUCUGUACUGUGUUGAUUUAUUGGGUAAUGCUGAGAAAGACUCAAGAGCGUCUAACUUAGCGCUUAUGAUCCUCGGUGAUCCCGUUUUAUCUAAAGUUUAUGAGAAAAUCCAGGCGAAAUAUUCUUAUAAAACCGAUUCUAUUUUCGACAUCUCUUUCUGCAAAGUAUCCCAAAAUUCCCAUCCAAAGUUCGUGCGACUCAACACCAUCAUCGAUAAAAUCCCCUCACCACUUUCAUGCUUAGUUAUUUGUGAAAAUGAUUAUGUAUCACGUGUUGUAUGCGAGUCACUAGAGAACCCUCGAUCGCGCAGUGGAGUAAUUCGAGUAUUUUCCCAACCAGGAGUGCCACCAGCUCUUGCUGAGCACUACCGUUUACCAGACAGGUGCUCAGGCCUUUGCAAUCGUCCGGUCCUAAAACAGGAAGUAAAGAAGUUUCUAGGACAGCGGAAGGCUGAGAUAAUCUCAUUCGGUACUCCGAUAGAGUUGCGGCAGCACUUUAUCAUCGUUGUUAGUGCUAACACACCGAACUUUACUGAUGUGAUCGACACGAUAUGCUCCAAUCAAUUAAAUAUGGUUGUGUCAAUGGAUAGAAGGUCGAUUUGUUUGCUGGAAGGACACUCUGGUCAGCAUGUUGCGAUUUUGGAUGCCACUUGCGAAAAACUGCGUCCUACUGAUGGCCGUCUCAUAAAUGCUGCCGAUGAAGUUGCGUGCAGGAGUUCGCUCUUUGGAAACGGAAAAGUCGGCGUCAUAGAAAGAUAUACCUUCAAGUACGAGCUCAGUCGUUUACAAUUGCCUAGCAGUAAAAUGGAAAUGGUACAAUACAUACCGUCGGUGGAGAAAGUACGGCAGAAAACGAAUGGCGAGAAUUGUACACGCCGUCAUGGCUUUGAGCUAACUUCAAGCGAGUUCAGCGAGUACUGCGAUCGUUUAGCCACCUUACCGCAAGUGGAACAUGGGAUCUAUUCGAAGCGUUGUUUUUCAGUACUGGGCGAGUCGCCGCUCCGUUCCGAUUGUCCAUUCGUUUACGUUCCUGGAGACAUGCCAAAAGGUGUUUUGAGCCAGCGAUUGGAAGAAUAUAUGAAAGGCGGUGAUGUCAUUCGAAAAAGGCUGAAGCGGCAAUUUACGUACAAGGAUGACUUGAUAGAUAAGAAAAGCAUGGAAUUCUAUGAUGAUAUGAUAAUGAGAUUAAAUAGGUUGUUAUGCAUAUAA